GAUCACCCACGCGGUGGAACCAGAGAUCACCCACACGAUGGAACCAGAAAUCACUCACACGGUGGAACCAGAGAUCAUCCACUCGGCGGCAGACAUGAGCCUGCUUGAAGAAUUUCGCGCAAAAGUUUUAGCGAACGAGGAAAACAUUGAAGUAAAACAAGAGGUGAUGAAUAUAAGUGACUGCAGCACAGCAACUUUUGUGAUGAACAAAGAAUCUUCUCCGAAACAAACGUUGGCAAAAAGUCCGUUGAAAGAAAAACCAACGAGAAAACCACUCAAGCGGAAAUCCUCGGUUUCCUACAAACCUAAUAAGAGCCCAAAACAAGAAAAACGGAGAAUCAUCAUCACCCCAAAGAGGAUUGUUUCCAAGAGAGGUAUUGUGAUGUCAUAAUGGUCACUGUCUUAACAAUGGUGUAAUUAUUUUCA